AUGCGCUACCAUACUUUCAAUGCUAGCGCGUUAAAUAAUGCUUUGGAUCAAAUGUUCAUAAAGGCCAACACCACCACACCGGAGUCAGGAACAGCAAAGGCUCGAGUUGCGUCGACAGAGGAUGUUCCUAUCAGACUAGAACGUCGAGUCUCCCCUCCAGUUACAAAACCAGUGGACCUUUCCAAAUCGGCACGUUGCACGUCAAAGGCAGCACUUUUCCACCGUCAGUCCAUCGAUGCGACCCAGCUGGUUCGUCAGAGCCUGAGACCUGAUGCUCUCGGGGAUACUUGUGUACACACAGAUCAAACCACAAUGAACAGCAAGCCGUCCGAUCCAAACUCGGAAGCUUGGCGAUAUAAAGAGUGGCCACCUACUUCAACUCAGACGGACACGCGAAAGUUCCUUUCAACUGCUGAGAUCGAUAUGGCUCCAGUUCCACCUCCUCGUCGGAUGUCUGCAUGCGCAGUUGUGUCCAGACAACCCCCACCCUAUCCAUUUACCGCUUUCCAGUCAGGUCCCGUAAUCUCCACGGGAGCAACAGGAUCAAGUGACUCGCGAUUAUCAUCCGGUCGUGAUAACCCAGUACCUAAGUCGGUAGGUAAUUGA